AGAAAUUGCAAGCAUAGUUUUCAAGUAAAGUAUGCCAUCUUGGUCGGGACUCCGGCGAUGUACACCACCGAUUGGUUGUAGGCCGACAACCCAACUCCGCCAUUUUAGCCAUUUAAGUGGAACUGAAGUUCAGCUGGAUCCAAAGAGCACUUCAAUAUCUUUCCUCAAAUGGAUUGGUGGAAUCAUUACCAGUUCCACUUUAGCUUUCGCAUGUUACUCUUAUUCUUCACCAAAUUACCCAUCUUUGUCUUUUUCCCACACAUCACAAUCUCUUGACCACCAUCGACCAAACUAUCUCUUUGGAGAUGCUUACAGAAGAAAAGUAUUCUUUAAAUAUGAAAAGCGUAUUAGGAUGCGAAGUCCUCCUGAAAAGGUGUUUGAGUACUUCGCAUCUUUUGAAGCCCAUGAUGGAGAAAUAUUUAUGACACCAGCAGAUCUAAUGAGAGCAGUUGUUCCUGUGUUCCCUCCAUCUGAAUCACACCUCGUGAGAGAUGGAUAUCUCAGAGGUGAAAGAAAUCCGGGUGAAUUGCGAUGUGCCCCAUCAAAAUUUUUUAUGCUUUUUGACACAAAUAGUGAUGGCCACAUAUCUUUUAAAGAGUAUAUUUUCUUUGUCACCCUGUUGAGUAUCCCUGAAUCAAGUUUUUCAGUGGCAUUCAAGAUGUUUGACCUCGACUGCAAUGGAGAGAUAGACAUUUAUGAAUUCAAGAAAGUGAUGACUUUGAUGCGAGCUCACAACAGGCAAGGUGCUCAUCACAGUGAUGGACAUCGAGGAGGGCAUAAUUUAGGUGGUCAUAUAGACAGUGGAGGCCUAUUACAAGACUUCUUUGGUGAAGAUGGGAAGAAACGCCUCCAGUAUGAUACAUUUGUCCAAUUCUUGAGAGAUCUACAUGAAGAAAUGCUAAAAUUGGAGUUUGCCCACUAUGAUUACAAGUUUCGGGGGACCAUUUCCGCAAAGGAUUUUGCCCUGUCCAUGGUUGCUUCCGCUGAUUUAAAGUACUUAAACAAGUUGCUUGAUCGAGUUGAUGAUUUAGAUAAUGAGCCACAACUAAGUCAUAUUCGUAUUUCAUUUGAGGAAUUCAAAAGUUUUGCUGAGCUUCAGAAGAAGUUGCAACCAUUUUCAUUGGCACUUUUCUGUUUUGGGCAAGUGAAUGGUCUUUUGACUAGAAGUGAUUUUAAAAGAGCUGCUUCUCAAGUAUGUGGAGUCUCUCUCACUGACAACAUGAUAGAACUUGUCUUCCAUGUUUUCGACACAAAUCGUGAUGGAAGUUUAAGCUCGGAUGAGUUCAUUCGAGUUUUAGAGAAGCGAGCAAGGGAUAUUGCUGAGCCAACUGAAGCAGGGAUCCUUAACUUUAUGUCUUGUUGUGGGAAUUGCACACGAAACUACAAAUCAAACUUGCUUUCUUCAUGGUCAACCUCUUGUUGACGGGAUGAGGACCUACAGGAAUAUUGGUAU